AUGGCCGCUCUAUCUUCCCCAGAUGGUGAUUACGACAGCUUCAUCUGUUGGUGUAUGGCACAGGGCUCUCCUCAAUCCCGCCAGUUGAGUCCAGCAGCGUUCAACGCGCUCAAGAGGCGCCUCAAGCCGCAGAAUGCGAGCGGUCAGCUCUAUGACAUCCUCUGUCCGGAGGAUGUCUCCCGCAAAGAGUUCAAGAAACUGCUCGUUCACAUGCCUGCGGAGGAGUAUGCUGAGAUCUUCCGCUGCUUGUCGAUGGAGGAGUUGCAGAGUUUCCUCGAGAAUGAAGGCGAUGAGGUAGCUGAGAAGGCGGAAGAGAGAGUCAAAGUAUCUGCCGAUGACCUCGCGAAGACCAGAGAAGUGUUGGCGCAGUUGCAACCGACGCUGCGGCGGUUGCGCGAGUCGCUGCUUCACUUCUUCGAAGUGCCGCGUGCUUCGUCUUUCGGUAUUGCUGAAGAAGAGAAGGAACCUUCCGUGACGGCUGCUGGAGAUCUCGUGAUAGUCCCUUCUCCGAGUGCAGUAUCAGAGAAAGAGCUCUACCACCUCUUCGGCAAAGACAAUGGCUGGACUCGGAAAGAGUUCCGUCAGUUCCUCAAACACGCGCCGCCAGAGGAAAUCGAUGCACUCUGCAGGGCUGCUCUGAUAGAUUCAUUCCACGAGAUCGACGAGGUAGCUGAAGUAGACGACACGCCGCCAGUAUCUGAAACCGCAAUGGCCAAAACGCUCAAACGUAAGAAGAGCAAACAGCACCGCGGUUCUGCUCCUCCGACUAGGCAACAUCGAAAGCGAAGCAACGCACUAACGCCGAACCCGGAACCUCAGCUCGCACUUGUGUCCGUUCCCGCUUCUAACGACAAUCUCUCCACCCCACUCACUCUCGCAGUCUCAAAAAACAGAGUCAGGACCUUCGCCAAACAGCACGCCUUCAACACGAACGCCUCGCUCGACCAGACCCCCGAGGAGCUUGAAGUGUAUCUUCGUCAGGUCCGCAACUUCGCUGAGAAGUGCGGGUUGAGCAGGGAUGAGGCGAAUGAAUGUCGUGCGGAGGCCGAGUUAAGGUACAUGAUUGUUAGGGAGUGGUUGGAGGCAAGGAGGGGGGCGGAGGUGAAGAUAAUGGCUACGGAGGCACUGCUGGGGGUUGGUGGGGGUGUGGAGCGGGAGGAGGAGGUCCUGGCGAUGGAAGGCGGGGAGAAGGUGGAAGGGGAAGAGGAGGCGGCUUCGCUGAACAGGAGCAACAAGGGGAGCAAGAAGAGGAAAAGAGAUGGCGAGGGGGAUGAAGCGGCCAAGGCUGGCUUCUCUGCGCCCGGAGAAUGUAUGACUGAAGGCUCGGGUAAAACCGCCAGGCCAGCCGUUUCAAUUGCUCCAAGAGAUGUGGACCACGAUUCGACGCUGCCGGAGAAGAAAAAGCGAAAAAAGGACAAGAAGGGUGAAAAGUCCAUAUUGCCGAGCAUCAACGGACAUGACGAGCAACACAGUCAGAAUCUUUCCAUACAGAGCGAUCAUCAGUCCGAGGAAAAGGGAAGCCCUGUUCCACCGCCGCAGAGCAAGAAGAGAAGGAAACGAGAUGCCGAAGAAUACAAUACACUCGGUAAUGGGCCUCAAUCGGAAUUGACACACUCUUGGGCCAUGAGCGCCCUUCGAACUAAAAGUACGUCCGCUGCUGAUCCGAGUGGAAGCGCAGUAUCCGCUGUUCCGGAAGAUGUGGUUCAUGAUCAGACGCAGCCGAAGCGGAAGAAGCUGAAGAAGGACAAGCACAUUGAGGAAAAGGUUGAAGAGCAUAUAGAAGUGGAACCGGAGUCUCCCCUUCUUGCUCCGGAGCUUCUCCAUCCUGUCCAGAGACACUUGAAACAGGACCGAAAUGCAACAGUACGUAAAGACGAGGAUCACUCGGAGCCGAAGAAGAAAAAACGAAAGAAGGACAAGAAACCUGAGGAAAAGAGUGAAGAGGGCAUAGAUAUGGAUGCUGAGCCUUCUAUUUCCGUUUUGGAGUCUACUGAGCCGAAGCAAGGACCAUCGAAGCAGAGUCGCACUGCAACAAUAUUUACAGACCAGGGUCAAUCGGAGCGGAAGAAGAAAAAAGGGAAGAAGAACAAGAAGCGGGGAGAGGACCAUGAGGAACGCAUAGGUGCGGAACCAGAGCCUUCCAUCCGCGCAUUGAAGGAUGUUCAGUGCGACCAAAUGCAAUCGAAACAAGAAAGAAAGAAGAGAAAAGACCAGGACUCGAGCAGCGAACAGCGGGACAUCAAGAGGCAUUCAACACAACCGCAGAAAGAACCUUCCAACCCGCCAACACUCCUAGCGCCGGCAUUACCUGCUGAAACUCAACCGCUUGUUAGUGGAAUGAGUAAGAAAGAAAAGCGCCGACAGAAAAGGCAGCGCCAACUGGAAAAGAGGAUCAAGUUUGAGCAACCCCAGAAGUGCGAAACGGAUGCUGUUGACGAACGGCGGGCGGGCCAGCAGGCGCCUUUGAUUGAGGAAUCUCAGCAUGAGGAAGAUCCCCGUGGGGACUACCCAGAGGAACACGACUUGGUCCCGGACUUUGACGAGUCGCUAACGGGAGAGGAGUGGAUUGACGCUGAGCGCAGUUCGCUCAAAUCCGGCGAGGCUCUCAACAGUUCAGCUAUUCUACCACGCGAUGGCGAUCAUGCUGAAAACGCAGAUAUGUCUGACAAUCAGGGCUCGGCCAUGUCUGAGCCAGAACAAAGGUCGCAUACUUCAGACUGCGAGGAGCCCGUCAUCAUGGAAGUUGACGAUGUGCCAUUGGCCGAUCAGGACAAUGGAACCGCUGUAGCAGAGAUUAUCAAGCACGCGGACGAACAUAGCGAUGCAUCGUCUCAAGAUUCUUAUGUCGUACGUGAGCGCUCUGUGGUUUCCGACAGCCCCACCCCGAAAGGGGAGACAGCUUCGGCGUAUUUGCAUGAGGAGGCAGAGGAGAACGUCAUCCCUGAAAGUCCUCAACCACUAGAGGACGCCAAAGCCAAUAGUGUAGCUUCGCGAGACAGCAGCCCGAUCGAGUUCGAUGAAGAUUUGGACGACCUUACUCUCAACCAAGUCAACGGCGUUGGCAACGGCGUUGUCGACGGUAUUUCCACGCGACAUAGCCCCGAAGGGCCCGUUGUUGCAGCAGUAGAAGAAAGUGAACUACGUGUCGACACUCCGGAGCUAUUUGAGGAGCCGAGCGGCACAGAGUUGACGCACUUAUUCCCGGCUGGCGGAGAGAACGCGCCUAGCAUUGCAGGCAUUCUUAACACUGAUGAGUUGCACACUCGCGUCAGUCCAAGCCCGGAAGUCCACCAAAUGCAUGAGUCUGCAGUGGCAGCGAGCGGUCCCGGAGAUUUGCCCGCCCUAGACCCCCAUUCCUACACUGAGCUGAACGAACUUGGUCCAACACUACGUGCGGACUCACAUCAAGAGCAAAACGACACAGCGACCACGCACAAACCAAAACCAAAGCUUCUUGGAGCGAAGAGCAUGGCUCGCAAGCUGAAGUCAGUUCUAAAGAACAAACAAGAGUCGAUCAAGCAGGGAAAAUUGACGUCGAUCCUCAAAAAGGAAUCCGAUUCGAGCAGCCAGCAUUUUCACAACCCGAUGAUUCGCCCAGCGCGCCCGGCGAUGAGGAAAGGCCAGCAGAGCUUGUGA